AUGGAAGCCAAUUGGAUUACAAAGCAAGUAACAAAAUAUAUUGUUAUUAAUGAAAAAUUGAGUUGUGAAGCAUUUGGUUGUUUAUAUAAAGGUUUCUACAAAGAUGAUGAAACCAAACUAAUCGCUGUAAAGAUGGUCAAAAUAGCCGUAACUUUAUCAUAAGCAAGACCUUCUAGGUGUUUGGUGAAAAUCCAAAGCUUCUUGAAUUGUUUAAAUAAGAAAUUGCAAUCCUUUAAAAAAUCAAUCAUCCAAAUAUUAUAAGAAUGAUUGAUAUCAUUCGUACCAAUAAUUAUGUGUAUAUAAUCCUUGAAUAUUGUGCAGAUGGAAACCUCAAAAAAUACAUGGCAAAAAAGAAAGAAAAUAGACUUAGCGAAGUUAAACUUUAAUUUAUGAUAGGUUGAAGCAAUACUCUUUAUCAAUCAUAUUGUUGAAGGCUUUAAAAUUUUAUAUUAGAAUAAAAUAAUACAUCGUAAUAUUAAGCCGGGCAACAUCUUACUACAUGAGGGAAUAGCAAAAAUUACUGAUUUUAGCAUAGCUUGCGUGAUAGAUUCAGAUAUGAAUGGUUUUCAAUUUAGCAUUUUAAUUCAUUAGCUCCAACAUAACUUACGAAAAUGGGUACACCACUAUACAUGGCUCCAUAAAUUCUAUAAGGAAAGCCAUUUUCUUCAAAAUCUGAUAUAUGGUCUUUGGGAGUCACAUUUUAUGAAAUUCUUUAUGGUCGCGUCCCAUGGGAAGGCUAAGAUUUUGAAUCAUUUUUUGAAAAUGUCCAAAAAUAAGUAUUUUAAAUAUUUCAUUUAGCCAAUAUUAUACCCUAAUAAACCUUUCAGAUCAAAAGGAGUGAAGGAACUUAUAACUAAAAUGCUACAAAUUGAAGAAAGUGAUAGAAUAUCCUGGUAGGAAGUAUUUGAGUGCUAAAUUCUAAAAAAAUAAGAGCAAAUCAAUCAGCCAGACUUCAUAAAUAUAUUUCAAGAAAAAGGUUUCUUAAUAAUAAUAAUAUCAAGAUGAACUAGGCAAAUCAAUUUUAAUUAAUAAGUGUUAUCUUGAGCAAUAUUUAGUGGCUAGAUAUUUNAUAAUUUCCUUUAAUCAACUUGAUGUAUUUAAUUAUUAUUUUAUAUUUAAAAUGGAAGCCAAUUGGAUUACAAAGCAAGUAACAAAAUAUAUUGUUAUUAAUGAAAAAUUGAGUUGUGAAGCAUUUGGUUGUUUAUAUAAAGGUUUCUACAAAGAUGAUGAAACCAAACUAAUCGCUGUAAAGAUGGUCAAAAUAGCCGUAACUUUAUCAUAAGCAAGACCUUCUAGGUGUUUGGUGAAAAUCCAAAGCUUCUUGAAUUGUUUAAAUAAGAAAUUGCAAUCCUUUAAAAAAUCAAUCAUCCAAAUAUUAUAAGAAUGAUUGAUAUCAUUCGUACCAAUAAUUAUGUGUAUAUAAUCCUUGAAUAUUGUGCAGAUGGAAACCUCAAAAAAUACAUGGCAAAAAAGAAAGAAAAUAGACUUAGCGAAGUUAAACUUUAAUUUAUGAUAGGUUGAAGCAAUACUCUUUAUCAAUCAUAUUGUUGAAGGCUUUAAAAUUUUAUAUUAGAAUAAAAUAAUACAUCGUAAUAUUAAGCCGGGCAACAUCUUACUACAUGAGGGAAUAGCAAAAAUUACUGAUUUUAGCAUAGCUUGCGUGAUAGAUUCAGAUAUGAAUGGUUUUCAAUUUAGCAUUUUAAUUCAUUAGCUCCAACAUAACUUACGAAAAUGGGUACACCACUAUACAUGGCUCCAUAAAUUCUAUAAGGAAAGCCAUUUUCUUCAAAAUCUGAUAUAUGGUCUUUGGGAGUCACAUUUUAUGAAAUUCUUUAUGGUCGCGUCCCAUGGGAAGGCUAAGAUUUUGAAUCAUUUUUUGAAAAUGUCCAAAAAUAAGUAUUUUAAAUAUUUCAUUUAGCCAAUAUUAUACCCUAAUAAACCUUUCAGAUCAAAAGGAGUGAAGGAACUUAUAACUAAAAUGCUACAAAUUGAAGAAAGUGAUAGAAUAUCCUGGUAGGAAGUAUUUGAGUGCUAAAUUCUAAAAAAAUAAGAGCAAAUCAAUCAGCCAGACUUCAUAAAUAUAUUUCAAGAAAAAGGUUUCUUAAUAAUAAUAAUAUCAAGAUGAACUAGGCAAAUCAAUUUUAAUUAAUAAGUGUUAUCUUGAGCAAUAUUUAGUGGCUAGAUAUUUAAUAUAAGAUCAUAUUGUGGUUCUUGAAAAGCAAAAGGAAAUUGCUUUGAAGAGUUUUUGUGAAGUUCGAUCAAAAUCAAUUAAUUAUGAAUAAGAUCUAAAUGUAAAAGUUUUUUCUUUAAGCAAUAGAGUGAAAUUCUUCUGCGUAAUUAAUAAAUUGAGACAAAAAGAAAAGCAGCUAUGCUAAAAUAUUAUAAUUACUUUUUAUUUGAAAGAAAUGUUUCAUUUUUUUUUAAUUUUGUUGCUUAAAAAAUUAUUUUGCUGCAAUAACAAUAAUUGAUGCUGCCUAAUGAAAGUUAUUAUGGAUUACUUUUUUUUAUUGCUAAAAAUUAAUUAAUCCAUUUAGAAAGAGUAAAUGAAUAAUUUACAAAGAAGGUUCAUGAAAAGUUUAAUUAAGAAACAUGGAAUAGUUUUUUAUUAUCUGAAGUAAUUAUAAAUUCAUUUUCUAGGAAUUUAAGAAAUUAAAAUCAUUAAUCUAAAAAGAUUUGAAGUAUUCUUUCGAUUUUUUUUAACAAAUAUCCAACGCCUUCAAUAAAACAGUAGAUAUUGAUCUGUUAAAGAGAUAAAUAUCGAAGAAGAAAAAGAAUUUUAUUUUAGAAAUUGAAAAUUUUAAUAACAAUUCAUUCAAAAUUGAUUAAGGUUUUUAUCAUUUGUAUCAUGAAAUUAUUGGAGAUAAUAUUAAAGAACUUAUCAAUAUAAAAAGUUAAGCAAUAGAUUAUAAUUUACUCAUUUUAUAUCUAUCAAUUUGCUUAAAACCCUAUGAAGAAUUCAAAGAGAUUACUUUUGAUUUUGACAUAUUUUAUGAAUAAACAGAAUAACAGAAGCUUAAUGAUAUUUAUGAAAGGUUGUUACAAAAAGGAUUUUAAUUGUAAAUUCUAAUUUGA